AUGGCGACAGCUUCUUUAGUCUGCGAACUUCGACAAUUGAAGUCUUGUGGUUUUUUUGUGAUGAAAUCAAAUCAAAGUUUCUUACUCAUGAAGCAUAGAAAUCGAUAUGACCUACCAAAAGGACACAUGGAACCUGGAGAAACUGAGCAGCAAACAGCUCUACGAGAGUUACUUGAAGAAACAGGAAUAAAAUCAUCUGACAUCGAUAUCGAUCCACAUUUUCGUUCCGAAGAAACUUACUUUCCAAUAUACAAGCGUUUCCGAGGAGAAACAGUGCAGAAAACACUUGUUAUAUUUCUAGCCAGAUUGAAGUCUGAUUCGAUUCAAGUAGUUCCAACUGAGCAUCCGGAUUUUGAAUGGCAUACUUGGAACUCAUUGCAACCAUCGAAAGAGACCAAGAAUAUCGACGAACUUUUACACAAAAUUCAAGCAUAUCUCAAUAAAUAA